AUGGCUAGCGAUGGGAGCGAGGAGUUCAGGUUAGUGUCACCGUCGUUCAGCAACGACGGGAAGCUGCCGCGGAACUACACGGAGGAGGGGCAAGGGGCGAAGAAGAACAUAUCCCCACCGUUGGAGUGGUACAACCUGCCGCAGGGGACCAAGACCAUGGCGCUGGUUGUGGAGGACAUCGAUGCGCCUGACCCCCAGGGACCCAUCGUGCCCUGGACGCACUGGGUGGUGGCGAACAUUCCGGCGACGGUGAAGGGGCUGCCGGAGGGAUUCUCCGGGAAGGAGAUGGGCGGGGAGUACGCGGGGAUCAAGGAAGGGAACAAUGACUUGAAGGUGCCAGGUUGGUGUUGCCCUAAGUUGCCCACGCAUGGCCACAGGAUUCAGUUCAAGCUCUAUGCUUUGGAUGAUGAGCUUCAUCUUGGGAACAAGGUGACAAAGGAAAAGUUAUUGGAAGAUACCAUACAAGGACAUGUUCUAGGAGAAGCAACCUUGAUGGCUAAAUUCUGA